CCUUAAAUAAUGUUUACAAACAGUUGUCAAAAAAAUUAAUGUAAGCAUGUUUGAAGUGAUACAAUUAUCAAAUUAAAAAAUACCUCAUUUAUUCGUAAAAGGCAGAAAAAACCAAAUGGAACCACUGAAUUCCACCAAAAUGGACCUAGAUGAAAUAAACUCAAUAACAAAAUACACCCUAAAAUGUAAGUUGGGGGUCCUAACGAGACCGGAUGGCUCCGCUCUGUUUUGCGAAGGUGAAACCGCGGUAAUAGCGGGUAUUUACGGCCCCAUUGAAGAAAAAAUGCAAAAAAUUCAAAUCGAUAAAGCGACCGUCGAAUGUAUUUAUCGUCCAGUGUCUGGCUUACCGGGUUUACAAGACAGAUUCCGAGAACACCUUAUAAGGAACAUAUGUGCCACCGCGGUGGCCUCCUCGUUAUACCCCAGGACUGGCGUGGUCAUAAACAUACAAGAAAUGCAAAAUCAUGGACAAACAAUAUCUUGUGCAAUUAAUGCCGCUUGUAUGGCCUGUCUGGACUCUGGAAUCGAUAUGAAGUUUAUAUUUGCUGCAGUGAGUUGUUUCUUGACAAAGGAUGAGGAGUUCAGCUUUUCACCCCCCAUGAAUGAAAGCAGUUUAAAGGGUCUGUUUGUGUUUGUUUUUAAUAAUACAAGUGGGAAAAUUUUGGCAACUCAUACAGAGGGAUGCUUUAGUGUUGAACAAUAUCAGAAUGCUUUGAGUUUGUGUAGGGACGAAAGUGAAAAUGUAAUUAGGUUCUUUAAGACCACUUUAUUGAAUGUUAAUGAGUAAUGCAAUAAAAAAUUAAAAUGA